UUUCUGGCUGCUCACAAAAGUGUUCGCGAGAAGUGGAAAUACGGUCGGAAAAUGUACGGCGGAAAAACUCCUCUCGAGCUGCUGUCGGGCACGACCUCGAAAACCUGGCUCGACGAUAAGUGGGCCCCCGGUGUCGGCGGAUUGUUCGGGUUUCUGGGCGCUUGCUACGUGAACUAUGGCACCGGACGGCCACUGCUUAGCGGAAUUCAAAAGCACAUCGCGGCGAUGAUUGCCGUCGGUACGCUAGCAACGAUGGCCAACAAGUGGCGAGAUUCAUACUUGGCCGAAAAGGAUGCCACCCUUCGUCACUACAUCGAGCUGCAUCCCGAAGACUUCCCCACACCGGAACGCAAAAAGUUUGCCGAUUUGCUCGAGUACUGGCAGCCGAUUCGUUAAGCUCGCUUCUCAUUACAUUAACCGCAGGAUGGUGCAACGAUUCAGAACCGGUGCACCAGUAUCGGGUGGAUGUGUAGUGUGAAUGUAAAUAAAAAUUCUCUCAAAAUCCA